AUGGCAGACAGCUGGCGUUUUUCUAUCCAUUUUAGGACCUGGCUAGGUGCAUCUUCUUUUCUUUCUUGCGUUGGAUGGUCACAGGGCAAUUUAUUGCUCACUAGAAAAUCUAGUGUUGUUUUGGAGGGAAUUGUCAUUGUUGCUAAAACAUGGCUGCAUCCAGGGAAUAAAGUUCAGUCAGUGACCACACUUGGGUUCUCUCUCUCUCUCUCUCUUUCUCUCUCUCUCUCCCUCUCCUUCUCUCUUAUCCUCACUCUCCUUCUCUGUCUAUCCCUCUCCCUCGCCCCUCCACCCCUCUCUCUCUCGUUCCAUUUCUAUCUCCCUCCCUCCCUCCCUCUCUCUCACUUUCUCGUUCCAUUUCUCUCUCUCCCUCCUUCUCUCUCGGUCGAAGAAAAUCGGGGUACAAAAGCCAGCACGAAAGGACAUGGGUGCAAUCCUUUGAGAUUCCUUUAA